GUUUACACGAGUAUGAACUAAUUAAUUAGCCGAAUUUGGGUUAGAAGUAGACUCUUAAAAUAUUAUUAAGAGUUGCAAGAAUCUUGACAUCAAAGGCCCCAUUCAAGAUUUCCCAAAUCGUACAGCCUAACAAACGUGAUCUCUCCUCCUUUUUCUACUGAGAUUUUAUAGGUUAUAUCUGAUACUUAUUUAAGGUUGGAACUGAUUAAUUAUUGGAAUUAGUAGUGAUCGAUGGAUAAUUUCCAUUCAAUAUUUCCUUUACAACAAGAUGUUGACGAUAAUAAUUCCCAUCAGCUUCUUUAUACCAACCCUUGUAAUUUCCUAUACCAACAAGAUCUGGUAACGGAUUUUGCACCGUUGGAGUUGGACAAGAACAAUCAGAAGGGAAAUAAGGCAGGAAAAGCGUCAGCUGCUUCUCUCCCAGUAGAAAAAACUAGUGAUGACAAACAGAAGAAAGUCAUGCAUAGAGAAAUCGAACGGCAAAGAAGACAAGAAAUGGCUACUCUUUAUGCUUCUCUUCGACAACAGCUUCCUCUUGAAAUUAUUAAGGGAAAACGUUCGACAUCGGACCACAUAUUUGAGGCGGCGAAUUAUAUAGAACACCUGCAGAAGAAUGUUAGGAAUUUGGAAGACAGGAGAGAAAAGUUAAACAAGGCUUCAAAUUCAAGCAAUCGUGAUUAUACCAUAAGUGGUAGCUCGUCAACUACUGACUCCUCGUCGUCUACAAUUGUGACAGUGAAGCAAUGCUUGGACGGCAUCGAGAUUUUGGUCAAUUGUGGCGUCGAGAGUGAAGGUUUUCGCCUUUCUAGGGUUCUUCAAGUAUUACUUCAACAAGGGCUUAGCAUUGUGAACUGCAGCUGCACCAAAACUAGUACAAGUUUACUUCAUACUAUCCGAACUGAGGUUGCCUCUCAGGCAGGGAUUGAUGUGCAUGUGAUCCAACAGAAACUCUCUGAUAUAAGUUUCAGUUGACUCUCCAUUGGAUAUUGUUGUGUCAUUCCCCACCACCUACAGGUUUUUGCGAUCUUUAUUGAAAUAUGAAACCUUUAAUUUUUCUUUCAGUAGUAACUUUUAUUGGAAUAAAACGGUUCUAAUAGAGUGAAAUGGAUCGGACAGCGAGGAUUCACAUAGUCAACUCUGACUAAACGCGGCACUAUUGUUGUUGUUGUUGUUGUUGUUUUAGUCUGACCUCUUUCAGUUCAGUUUUUCCUUAAUGUACGAAAAAAAUAGUUGGAUUAAGUUUCUGGCAUAUGAAUUCAGAGAUUCCCGAACCCUCUUUUUUGUUGGGUAAUUUGAAGUGUCUUCAGCCACACCUUUUGAUGUGAAGCAGGGAAUGUUAGGUUAUAGCAGUGGAUCCAGAAUUUUAAAUUGAUGGGUGCUCGCCGAUAAAAAAUCCAAAAGAAGAGGAAAAGUGAGUUUAUUUGUGGGUGCUCACUCUAUAUUUAACUAACUAUUUUUAUAAUUGCCUGUGUAAAUUUACUAAAUCUGGUUAAAAGUAAUGGGUGCUCAAGCACUAAUAAAUGUCCAUGUACAUCCGCCACUCCGCCAGCAUUUUAGCUUUCGUUUUGAAUUUAAUCUUGUCUUGAUUAUUUACCAAAAUUUUGCUGGACAGAUGUAUAUGUUUAAGAAUACAUGCAGGAGAUUUGUGAAUAAAAGAAGUUUGUUCUUCUA